CCGGACCGCGAAUCAGGGGUGGUGAUUCUUGCGGCCCAUGGCCAACCCCGACGACGGCACCGCCGCCGCCGCCGCCGGCCGCAAGUUCUGGCGCUCCGCGUCCUGGUCGGCGUCCCGGGCCGCCGAGGCGGGUCCCGAGCCGUCAGCGGCGCUCCCGCCGCGCCUCGCGCCGCCGCCGCUCACCCCGCGGUCCAAGGGCCGCGCCUGCCUCCCGCCGCUGCAGCCGCUGGCCAUCACCCGCCGCAGCCUGGACGAGUGGCCCAAGGCGGGGUCCGACGACGUGGGCGAGUGGCCCAACCCCACCACCCCCGGCGCGGCCCGGCCGGGCUCCGCCCGGCCCGGCGAGGGCCUCCGCCUCGACCUCUCCGCGCUCCGCUCGCAGGGCCGCAAGGACCAGAUCGCCUUCUUCGACAAGGAGUGCUCCAAGGUCGCCAACCACGUCUACCUCGGCGGCGACGCCGUCGCCAAGAACCGCGACAUCCUCCGCAACCACGGCAUCACCCACGUCCUCAACUGCGUCGGCUUCGUCUGCCCCGAGUACUUCAAGUCCGACCUCGUCUACCGCACGCUCUGGCUGCAGGACAGCCCCACCGAGGACAUCACCAGCAUCCUCUACGACGUCUUCGACUACUUCGAGGAUGUCAGGGAGCAGUCGGGGCGCGUGUUUGUGCAUUGCUGCCAGGGGGUGUCCCGCUCCACGUCGCUCGUCAUAGCGUAUUUGAUGUGGAGGGAAGGGCAGAGCUUCGACGACGCCUUCCAGUUUGUCAAGGCGGCCAGGGGAAUCGCGAAUCCGAACAUGGGGUUCGCGUGCCAGCUACUCCAGUGCCAGAAGCGGGUGCACGCCAUCCCGCUCUCGCCAAACUCGGUGCUGCGGAUGUAUCGGCUAGCACCACACUCGUCCUACGCGCCGCUGCAUUUGGUGCCCAAAAUGCUGAAUGAGCCUUCCCCUGCCGCCCUGGACUCUAGGGGCGCAUUCAUAGUCCACGUGCUCUCGUCCAUCUAUGUGUGGGUUGGAGCGAAAUGUCAUUCGGUAAUGGAGAAGGACGCCAAAGCGGCGGCGUUUCAGGUGGUCAGGUACGAGAAGGUGCAGGGGCAGAUCAAAGUUGUCAGAGAAGGGCUGGAGCAACCUGAAUUCUGGGAUGCCUUUUCAAGUGCAUCUUUCAACUCGGACAGCAACGCGAAACUUGGCAAGGAUCAGAUUGAUUCAUUAUCCAGGGCCAGCCUGGGAAGCAGGAAAGUGGAAUCUUACGAUUCGGAUUUUGACCUCGUCUACAAAGCGAUAGCUGGUGGUGUCAUUCCAGCAUUCUCAUCUUCUGGGACUGGAGAUGAGACCCAUCUUCCUGCAAGAGAAAGUAGCUGGAGCGUACUAAGGUGCAAGUUUAUCUCGAGAUCGCUGUCUCGGGUUUAUUCAGAUUCUGCUCUCAUAAGGGAUUUGGAUCCACGGGUACAGCACUUGACAGCAGAGGCAUCAAUAUCACCACCUUUCCUUUCCCCGAGCUCUUUUUCAUCGGAUUCAACAAUCAGUUCCAAGUAUAGUUCAGACUCACCCUCCCUGUCACCUUCAAAUAGCUCCCCACCGUCACUUGGUCUUUCACCUGCUUCAUCUAAUUUGCCACACGCUUUGGUGCCGUCAUCUAGGUCUCCUCUUCGUCAGUCAUCUAAUGAGGAACGUUCAAAGCCUGUCCUAGGAUCGAUACGCUCUCCUUCCAAGGUCUCAUCUAUAGCAGAAAGAAGAGGAGGAUUUUCAGCUCUGAAGCUACCAUCACUCCCCAAGGAUCUAGUAUUACCACCAAGGGUACCGUCUAGUGUUCACACAGCAGCGGAAGUUGCGGAUAAAAGUAAUGCCAAUGGCGUGAAACAGCUUACAGGUGUUUCUUGCCCAGAUGAAUGCACCCUAACUAGCUCAACAGCUACUGACAGUAAAUCAGAGACUACUGCCCAUAGUGAGACUAGAUUAAUUGAGCAUACUGACAGUAACUCAGAGGCUUGUAGUUAUGUACAAGUGCUAGUCUACCGGUGGCCCUGCAUGGAAAAGCUAACUGCAUUCGGUCGCAAGGAUCUUGACCCGAAAACAGUUUUUAUUUUUGUUGCUCCUAAUGCCAGCGUAAGUGCAGAAGCAGCCAAAACUGUAUGCAUAUGGGUAGGAGGUGAAUAUGACUGCAGCAAAGGUGUUGACACUAUUGAUUGGCAGCAAGUUGCUGGUGAUUUUCUUAAUCAAAAGGGGUUCAGCAACAUUCUUCCUGUUAAGGUUUUCAAGGAGCAUGAAACCAAUGAUCUUUUGGAGGUGCUGGAUGCUUGUUAACAGUAGGUCAGGGUACUUUACUAGCUUUAACAAACUCAGCCGCGAAUUAUCGAUUCAAUCAAGGCAUCUCCUCCAACAUCGCUCCAUGAACUGGCGACUGUCAGCGAGGUACAAGCCAUGACAACCGUUUCCUCCUGAACAUAUAGGCUACAGAUUCCAUUUAGUAGAACAGAUGGCUUAGCAAUUUGUGCUUUUGCUUGUGUCGAAAUGGCAGGAGGCUGCCAGAGUGUUGUAUCUGUGAAUUAACACACAUGGAUCGGGUUUUGGCGCAACUGGGUGUAUAUUAUCCGCUCCACUGUAAUGUAAGCCUGUAAGUUGGGCGAAUGCUGUUGUCGUUCUUACCCCUGAAAAAUCCGUGUACAUCUCAGGAAGAACAGAUUUGUAAUCCUCUUGGCCAGCAAGUGUCUCCAUUGGCCGUAACUUUUAACUUGGAACUCUUUGCCGUUC